CUUAAAUUCUUAGAAAAUAUUUAUCACCUUAGUGAUCAUAUCCCUUGCAGAAACCCUAAUUUUCUACCAAACACUCAAUGAUUUCUACUAUGCCCACCAUCUGUUUGAUGUAAAUAACAAUUAGCAUCGCCCUUUCUAUUUCGUAAAUUAUUUAUUCUUCUCGUGAAUUUGAGGGCAGGAUCGUAGUACUGUUCUCAAGGUUAGAUUUAUAAUGAUGGCUUUGAGGAAGAAAUCAUAUUUAUGGAUAAAUGUUUUGGGAGAGUUGGGUAGGCAUCGCUUUUACAGUUCUAAAUUCGACUUGAAGAAGCUGAGGCCUAUGAUUCAGAAGAGAAUUGAAAGUCGUGCUAAGGACUAUCCAGUUCGAGGCAUGGUCCCUGUUGCAAAGGCAGUUCUUAAAGCUAGAGCUUUAUUGAUUCAAGGCAUCUCCACACUUAUUAAAUUUAUUCCUGUUCAGGCAUGCAAGUUCUGUCCAGAAGUAUGUAUUGGAGAGAAAGGUCACUUGAUUCAAACUUGUCAUGGUUACAGGCGCCAAGCCAAGAAUCGAGUUCAUGAAUGGGUCAGUGGUGGUUUGAAUGAUAUAAUUGUUCCAGUGGAAACAUUUCACCUGCAGAGAAUGUUUCAACCUGUAAUACAGCACAACCAACGGUUUGAUUUUGAUCGUGUUUCUGCUGUUGUCGAGCUAUGCUGGCAGGCAGGAGCUGACCCGAAUGAUGAAGACUUGUACACCAAUGCUAGGAACUCUACGUGCCCCAUUAGAGGGGUUAAUGAAGCAGAGUCUUUAUCACCUGGAGAUCGGUCAUUGAUAGCCAGUCAAACCUUAAAGGCAUGGGAGACAGUUAGAUCUGGUGUCCAGAGAUUGUUGUUGGUUUACCCAGCAAAAGUUUGUAAGCAUUGCUCAGAAGUUCAUGUUGGGCCAUCUGGGCACAAGGCUCGGCUCUGUGGAGUGUUUAAACAUGAGAGCUGGCGAGGAACACACUUUUGGAAGAAGGCAGAAGUUGAUGAUUUGGUACCUCCGAAAAUUGUUUGGUGGCGGCGGCCUCAAGAUCCCCCUGUACUUCUGAAUGAGGGACGGGACUAUUAUGGGCAUGCACCAGCAGUGGUGGAUCUGUGCACACAGGCUGGCGCUAUGAUUCCAACCAAGUAUUUUUGUAUGAUGAAAAUGAAUGGUCGACCAUCAACUGUUUGAUUAAAUCUUUUACGCCAUCUGCUAGUUGCCCUUCAAGGGGGUUGAGUUGAUCUGAUGCAUUUUAAUUUUCAGAUCACUUACUGCCAUAUCAAUUGAGCAGAGCUUUAUUCACUUCCACAUUGAUCAUUUAAAUGGUACAUCUAUGGAUGAAUCUGUCUUUUGUAAGCAUACAUUUUUGUGGAGAGAAAUUAAUAGUUUCUAUCGGAAUAAAUUUAUUCAAAGAUGAAACAAUAUAAAGUAAUUAUUUCAUGUCUA